GCCGCCGCCGCCGGGUCCCGCUCGCUGGCCGCCUCAGCAGCCGCCGCCGCCUCCUCCUCCUCCUUCUCCUCCUCCUCCUCCACGCCAGACCGGGCUGCGCCGCCGCCGCCCCCAGCGCCGGAGCCAUGGCGGGCGCUGCGUCCCCCUGCGCCAAUGGCUGCGGGCCCGGCGCGCCCUCGGACGCCGAGGUGCUGCACCUCUGCCGCAGCCUCGAGGUGGGCACGGUCAUGACUUUGUUCUACUCCAAGAAGUCGCAGCGGCCCGAGCGGAAGACCUUCCAGGUCAAGCUGGAGACGCGCCAGAUCACGUGGAGCCGCGGCGCCGACAAGAUCGAGGGGGCCAUUGAUAUUCGUGAAAUUAAGGAGAUCCGGCCAGGGAAGACCUCACGGGACUUUGAUCGCUAUCAGGAGGACCCUGCUUUCCGGCCAGACCAGUCACACUGCUUUGUCAUCCUCUAUGGAAUGGAAUUCCGCUUGAAGACCUUGAGCUUGCAAGCCACGUCUGAGGAGGAGGUGAACAUGUGGAUCAAGGGCUUGUCUUGGCUAAUGGAGGACACGUUGCAGGCAGCCACACCCCUGCAGAUUGAGCGGUGGCUCCGGAAGCAGUUCUACUCAGUGGACCGGAAUCGUGAGGACCGGAUAUCAGCCAAGGACCUGAAGAACAUGUUGUCCCAGGUCAACUACCGUGUCCCCAACAUGCGCUUUCUCCGAGAGCGGCUGACAGACCUGGAACAGCGCAGUGGGGACAUCACCUAUGGGCAGUUUGCUCAGCUGUACCGCAGCCUCAUGUACAGCGCCCAGAAGACGAUGGACCUCCCCUUCUUGGAAGCCAGUGCUCUGAGGGCUGGAGAGCGGCCAGAGCUUUGCCGAGUGUCCCUUCCUGAGUUCCAGCAGUUCCUCCUCGACUACCAGGGGGAGCUCUGGGCUGUAGACCGACUCCAGGUACAGGAGUUCAUGCUCAGCUUCCUCAGAGACCCCUUGCGUGAGAUUGAAGAACCAUACUUCUUCCUGGAUGAGUUUGUCACUUUCCUGUUCUCCAAAGAGAACAGUGUGUGGAACACCCAGCUGGAUGCGGUGUGUCCGGACACCAUGAACAACCCUCUCUCCCACUACUGGAUCUCUUCCUCACACAACACGUACCUGACUGGGGACCAGUUCUCCAGUGAGUCCUCCCUGGAAGCCUAUGCUCGUUGCCUGCGGAUGGGCUGUCGCUGCAUUGAGUUGGACUGCUGGGACGGCCCAGAUGGGAUGCCAGUCAUUUAUCAUGGUCACACCCUCACCACCAAGAUCAAGUUCUCAGACGUCCUGCACACCAUCAAGGAGCAUGCCUUCGUGGCCUCAGAAUACCCAGUCAUCCUGUCCAUUGAGGACCAUUGCAGCAUUGCCCAGCAGAGGAACAUGGCCCAGUACUUCAAGAAGGUGCUUGGGGACACACUCCUCACCAAGCCUGUGGACAUCGCAGCUGAUGGGCUGCCCUCUCCCAACCAGCUCAAGAGGAAGAUCCUCAUCAAGCACAAGAAGCUGGCGGAGGGCAGUGCCUAUGAGGAGGUGCCUACGUCUGUGAUGUACUCUGAGAAUGACAUCAGCAACUCCAUCAAGAAUGGCAUUCUUUACCUGGAGGACCCUGUGAACCAUGAGUGGUAUCCCCACUACUUCGUUCUGACCAGCAGCAAGAUCUACUACUCUGAGGAAACCAGCAGUGACCAGGGCAAUGAGGAUGAGGAGGAGCCCAAGGAGGCCAGUGGCAGCACAGAGCUGCACUCCAAUGAGAAGUGGUUCCACGGGAAGCUCGGGGCAGGGCGGGACGGGCGGCACAUCGCCGAGCGCCUGCUCACCGAGUACUGCAUUGAGACUGGGGCCCCCGAUGGCUCCUUCCUAGUGCGGGAGAGUGAGACCUUCGUGGGUGACUACACGCUUUCCUUCUGGCGGAAUGGGAAGGUCCAGCACUGCCGUAUCCACUCCCGGCAGGAUGCUGGGACCCCCAAGUUCUUCUUGACGGAUAACCUGGUCUUUGACUCCCUCUACGACCUCAUCACACACUACCAGCAGGUGCCCCUGCGCUGCAACGAGUUUGAGAUGCGCCUCUCAGAGCCUGUCCCGCAGACCAAUGCCCACGAGAGCAAAGAGUGGUACCACGCAAGCCUGACCAGAGCACAAGCUGAGCACAUGCUGAUGCGUGUCCCCCGGGACGGGGCCUUCCUGGUGCGGAAACGGAGUGAGCCUAACUCAUAUGCCAUCUCCUUCCGGGCUGAGGGCAAGAUCAAGCAUUGCCGCGUCCAGCAGGAGGGCCAGACUGUGAUGCUGGGGAACUCUGAGUUCGACAGCCUUGUUGACCUCAUCAGCUACUACGAGAAGCACCCGCUGUACCGAAAGAUGAAGCUGCGCUACCCCAUCAACGAGGAGGCGCUGGAGAAGAUCGGCACAGCUGAGCCCGACUACGGAGCCCUGUAUGAGGGGCGCAACCCUGGCUUCUAUGUGGAGGCAAACCCGAUGCCGACUUUCAAGUGUGCAGUCAAAGCCCUCUUUGACUACAAGGCCCAGAGGGAGGAUGAGCUGACCUUCACCAAGAGUGCUAUCAUCCAGAACGUGGAGAAACAGGAGGGAGGCUGGUGGCGAGGGGACUAUGGAGGGAAGAAGCAGCUGUGGUUCCCGUCAAACUAUGUAGAAGAGAUGGUCAGCCCAGUGGCCCUGGAACCUGAGAGGGAGCACUUGGAUGAGAACAGCCCCCUGGGAGACUUGUUGCGGGGGGUCUUGGACGUACCGGCUUGUCAGAUCGCCAUCCGUCCCGAGGGCAAGAACAACCGGCUCUUCGUCUUCUCUAUCAGCAUGGCAUCAGUGCCCCACUGGUCCCUGGAUGUUGCCGCUGACUCCCUGGAGGAGCUGCAGGACUGGGUGAAAAAGAUCCGUGAAGUGGCCCAAACUGCAGAUGCCAGGCUCACCGAAGGGAAGAUGAUGGAACGGAGGAAGAAGAUCGCCCUGGAGCUCUCUGAGCUUGUUGUCUACUGCCGGCCUGUUCCCUUCGAUGAAGAGAAGAUUGGCACAGAACGUGCCUGCUAUCGGGACAUGUCAUCCUUUCCGGAAACCAAGGCUGAGAAAUAUGUGAACAAGGCCAAAGGCAAGAAGUUCCUCCAGUACAAUCGGCUGCAGCUCUCCCGCAUCUACCCCAAGGGCCAGCGGCUGGACUCCUCCAAUUACGACCCCUUGCCCAUGUGGAUCUGUGGCAGUCAGCUUGUGGCCCUCAACUUCCAGACCCCAGACAAGCCUAUGCAGAUGAACCAGGCCCUCUUCAUGGCCGGCAGGCACUGUGGCUAUGUGCUGCAGCCAAGCACCAUGCGGGACGAGGCCUUCGACCCUUUUGACAAGAGCAGCCUCCGCGGGCUGGAGCCGUGUGCCAUCUGUAUCGAGGUGCUGGGGGCCCGGCAUCUGCCAAAGAAUGGCCGAGGCAUAGUGUGUCCUUUUGUGGAGAUUGAGGUGGCUGGAGCUGAGUAUGACAACGCUAAGCAGAAGACAGAAUUUGUAGGUGAGUCCACCUUCUUGGUCGUCUUCCCAGGGACAGUGAGAGCCCCUGCCCUCAGCUGCCCGAUCCUCUCCCAGGGUGGCCUGAAGCCUUCUCAUACUUUUGCAGUGGACAAUGGACUUAACCCCAUGUGGCCGGCCAAGCCUUUCCACUUCCAGAUCAGUAAUCCUGAAUUUGCCUUCCUGCGCUUUGUGGUGUAUGAGGAAGACAUGUUCAGUGACCAGAACUUCCUGGCUCAGGCUACUUUCCCAGUAAAAGGCCUGAAGACAGGAUACAGAGCGGUGCCUUUGAAGAACAACUACAGCGAGGACUUGGAGUUGGCCUCCCUGCUUAUCAAGAUCGACAUUUUCCCUGCCAAGCAGGAAAACGGUGACCUCAGUCCCUUUGGUGGUACGUCCCUGCGAGAGAGGGGCUCAGAUGCCUCUGGCCAGCUGUUUCAUGGCCGGGCCCGGGAAGGCUCCUUUGAAGCCCGCUACCAGCAGCCAUUUGAGGACUUCCGUAUCUCCCAGGAGCAUCUCGCAGACCAUUUUGACAGUCGGGAACGAAGGGCCCCAAGAAGGACUCGGGUCAAUGGAGAUAACCGCCUCUAGGGCCCCAGCCUUGCUGGAGAGGAGCAGGUGCUAUGCGCCUCGUGGAAUGCUGUGAACUGGGUUCUUCGGAAGCAGCCUGCUCUGGCAGCCUUCCUGGUCUUACAGCCUGGAGCCUGGAUUCCCAGCAGCGAAUGCUGGACAGAAACCAAGCCAUGAAUGAGACAUAUCACCGUUUGGGGACCCCAUGCCCCAGCUCUGGGUGAAGGCAAAAACUGUACUGUGUCUCGCAUUAAGCACACACUCUGGCCCUGACUUUGGAGAUGGAUCCUUCGGUCUUGGGCCAGGACCACGUUUGAAGCCCCUUGGAGAGAGAGGAUGGCCUCUGUGGCAUAGGAGGCGCUAAGGAGCCACUGACAUUCCUGAGAGUAGAGGGGAAGGUGGAGCCUUGCUGGGCCAGGGAAACAAAGUUUACAUUGUCCUGUAGCUUUAAAACCGCAGGGUGAGAGGGCUCAGGCCCCUGCAGUUUGGCCCUGGAGCUGGGGUAGAGGAGUGCAGGGCCUGUGUGGAGAAGGGCUCUGCCCUGCCAAGGAGGAGGACACAGCACAAGGGCACAUUGCCCACAGCUGGGAACAUUACCCAGCCUGGAAGAUACAGGGGAUCAUGUUAAAAAUAGCAGUAUUAUUUUUCUUCUCAAUGGUAUUGUAACUAAGUUAUUUACUCCUCCCGCUCGCUCUUCACCCUUGUAGGGGAAGCCUCAGAGUAGAGCCUCUGAGAGCGAGGCAGGGGCUACCAGCCUGUGGGGAGGGCUCUAUGGGGGAUGUUAGGGCACCCUCAGGAAUGAGGGAGGGAAGGGAAGAGAAGAAACAGCAGAGCCCAUUCUGGUGAGGUUUCUUGUUUUCUGUUUUUAAGGCAGAGACUCAGUGUACUUUCCCGUAGGAAUGAAAAAGGGAUUAAGGAGUUGCCUGCCUUGCGGGUAGGUGGGGGAAAGGCAGGCAGGUGCUGAAUGAAGCUUCUGUCUGGUCUAAAAAGAUCCGAGGAAGGAGGCAGGACGGUUGGGAAGGCAGUCCCCACCUCUGAGGAGAGAGGCUGGGGUGCAGGCCUGUGGGCUCAAAGGUGCCUCAUAGCAUAGCCAGCAUUCAGCACACGCAAACCCAUUGCCCACACUUGGGCUCAGGGUUGGCCAUUUGCUAGUUCUGCUGCCCUCUUAAGAUCUGACUGCCAAAUAAAUCAUCCUCAUGUCCUUUU